CCCAACCAACACACGUCCACACACCCUUGAAAUGAGCGUCCGGCGGUUCGUCGAGGCGCAGCGCGAGCUGCUGGACCUGGAACUCCGGGCGGAGAACGACGGGAGCGAGAACGACGGCCGGCGGUCCGGCGUCCUGAGCCGCCUCGAGGCCUCGGAGGUCUCGGUCGGCCUCUAUGGCCGAACGGUCGUCCGUCUGGUCACUCUGAGCGAGAGCAGCAGCAGCAACAACAACAACAACAACAGCAGCGAUAGCGAGACCGGGAGCGAGGGGAUCCGCCUCCUCCCGGCCCACCGGUUUGCCGUCGGGAGCGAGGUGGAGAUCCGUUCCUCGGGGGGAAGCCACACCGGGGGUAGAACCCUCGGGGGUGUCGUGUGCGCCGUUUCGGAAACCUCGGUCUCGGUCGCCCUUUCCGACCGGCGGCCUCCGGACGGGAAGAAGCCCAAGAAGCAGUCCGGGAGCGGCAAGAACAACCGCAAGAACGAUGACAGCAGCAACGACGGCAACGGCGACGAAACGAGCCUCCUGGAGAGCAUUCCCCUCGCCCUGGUGCCCCGGGGGUCCGCCGAGGUCCACAAAAAGCUGGUGGCCGCCCUGGACCGCCUGGAACGCCACGGCGAGGGCCACCUUAUCGCGGGUCCCGUCGUCCGGGCCGUCUUCUCCCCUCCAAGCGGGGAGGGCCCAAGCCCAAAUCGAAAGUCGAACCCAAGCCCCAAACCAGCCCCCCGGUGCUUUCACCCAGGGCUGGACGCGAGCCAGAGAGAGGCCAUCGCCUUUGCCCUGGACCCGGACCGGAGGGUGGCGCUGGUGCACGGGCCACCCGGGACCGGGAAGACUACCACCGUGGCCGAGCUCGUCCGGCAGGCCGUCCACCACCACGGCAUGAGGGUCCUGGUCACGGCACCGAGCAACGUCGCCGUGGACAACAUCCUGGAAAAGCUGACCGAGGAAGUGGGAGAGAAAGGACAGAAACAGGAGCAGGAGCCGAGUUCCCCCCCGCUGCGGGUGGUCCGGCUGGGCCACCCCGCCCGCAUCAAGCCGUCCAUUCUGAAGCACAGCCUCGAGGCACUCGUGCAGUCCUCGGACGGAACCGAGAUCGUCCGGGACGUCCGGAGGGAGCUCGAGGCCUGCCUGAGGACCGUUUCGAGAGACCGCAGCGGGGCGGGGGGUCGGAGCGGAAGCGGCCGGCCGAGGAAGAAGGACGCGCUCGACAAACGGGCCGCCUACAGGGACAUCGGGACCCUGCGAAGGGAGGUCCGGGCCCGGGAAGAAAAGGUCGUCCGGGAACUCAUCCGGUCCGCCCACGUGGUGCUGGCCACCACCGUCGGGGCCGACAACCGCGCCCUCAACUCGAUCACGAACCCGACCGAGACAGACGGCCACACAGCCGGCGACGACCCGGGCUUCGACCUGGUCGUCAUCGACGAGGCGGCUCAGGCGCUGGAGGCCUCCUGCUGGAUCCCAAUUCUACGGGGCCGGAAGGUCGUCCUGGCCGGGGACCACUGCCAGCUCCCCCCCACGAUCAAGUCGAAGGACCCGCGCGUGGCAGCGGGCCUCGGGGUCACGCUCUUUGAGCGCCUCAUGGACCUCUACCGCACGCGGGAGCGAGAGAUCUCCCGGAUGCUGAAAAUCCAGUACCGGAUGCACCACCAGAUCGCCGACUGGGCCAGCUCGGCAAUGUACCGGGGAGAGCUCGAAACCCACGAGAGCGCGAGGAGCCGGACCCUUGGCCAGCUCGUCUCGGUUCGGAAACGGCUCGGGAGCGAAGCCUCCGCCGGGACCGAGAACCUCGGCGAAACGACGCUGCUGCUGAUCGACACCGCCGGGUGCGGCAUGCACGAGGGGGAGACAGAGGCCGGCUCCCGCUUCAACGAAGGCGAGGCCUCGAUCGUGGAGAAGCACGUCCGGAAGCUCCUGGCGCUGGGCGUCGAGCAGCACCAGGUGGCGGUCGUCACCCCCUACAACGGCCAGGUGGAACUCAUCCGCGGCCUCCUCCACCGCGAAUUCCCGGCGCUGGAGAUCCGCAGCGUCGACGGUUUCCAGGGCGGGGAGAAGGAGGCGGUGGUCCUGAGCCUGGUGCGGAGCAGCGACCGUGGCGGGAGGCCGGGGGGGAUCGGCUUUCUGAGGGACGACCGCCGCCAGAACGUGGCGGUCACCCGGGCCCGGCGGCACCUGGCCCUUGUCUGCGACUCGGACACCGUCUCCGGGAGCCCUUUUGUCGAAAGCCUCAUCGAAUGGGUUGGGAACCACGGGGAGCACCGGUCGGCCAUCGAGUACCUCUCGGAAGACAAAAGCAGCUGCGGCAACGACGCGGGCUACCAGGACGACCUGGAGGCCGUCGAGCGGGAGCUGGCGAGCCUGCUCGCGGAGCCGCCGCCGGAGAAGACCGCUGCGGGCAGCGGCCCGCCGCAGCGCAAGGUCCCUCCAUCGGCCCGUCCGCCUUGCGGGAACCGGCGAGAAAGGAAUCCAGAGCCCGGGCUUCGGCCGGAGCUCGUGGCCCGGAUCGAGGAGUUUGCCGCUGGGGGCCGACCGGGGGACGAGAUGGUUCUGGGCCGAGAGCUCUCCCGUGGGGACCGCCGGUUGGUCCACGAGCUAGCGGAGCAAAAGGUCCUGGAACACCGGAGCGAGGGGAGGGAGGGCGUUGACCGGAGGCUCGUCCUCUCGGUCCCGGCAAAGCCGGCCGGAGCCGAGCCGGCGGAAGACCGGGAGCAAGAAACCGACGACAAGGACGACGGCGAUGCUUCUGCCUCGGAUGCCGAACCCGAUCGGGCCGCCCCGGGGUUUUCGGUCCUCUCGGCGGACGACAGCGACUCGGACCAGGCCGAAACAGGAACUAGCCUUCCCGAACCAGAGGCGGCCACGGGAAACGCGCUGCUGGCGCAGCUCGCGAAGGAGCGCGCGGAUCGGCAGCGACAGCGGGAACAGCAGGCGGCCCGGCCAUCCGGGCCCGGGGAUUCCAAGGGGUCUUCCAGGCAGGCCAAGCGAAAGAAGAAGAAGCCCAAGGGCCAGAGGCUGGGCGGUGGAAGGAACCCCCCGCCGGGAAGGGGCCCUUCCAAGAAAGAGAAGGACGAAACCCUCGACGACGACCUCGACGACAUGGCCUUUCUGGACGCGCAGGUCGCCAGGGCACAGAACGCCCACGGCCGGAGGGUGGAGGGCAGCGGAACAGCCUACCGCACCAUCGUCCACGGCAUCCUCAACGCCCGGCCGGAACCGAGGCACCAAGCGCCCAGGAACGCGAGGGCGAGCGCCGCCCUGAGGGCCAAACUGGGCGAGGCCGGAAAGGCGAGGCAAAAGAAGCCCAAGAAAAAAUAGGGCCAGCGAAGUGUUUUUCCCGCGCUGCUCGCGGCUCUGCCAGCGGAAGCCAGGCGAAGAACCGGUACGAGAAAACAGCCGGCUGGCCAGCUGCUGCCGAUGGUGGUGGAAUGAUGACGGAAUCCCUUUCCGACUCCCCCGAGACUCCCAGUGUUGUUUCCAGAACCACCAGAAUGGUUAGGAACUCGUCCAGUAGCAGCGCUACGACGGUAGCAGGAGAGAACUGCGAUGACUCGCUUGUUGAGAUGGUUGAAAAUCAGUAAGUG